ACGGUUCCAAGACAACAAGAGAACCAGCAACUGACAACAAGUGUUGUCAUGGAUACUCGACAACAACAACAGACAACAUUGGAGAAGUGAAAUAUAUUGAUGAAAAUGACAACAUAGAGGCUGAGGAAAACAAAGAAAUGGUGUACAGCAAAGUGGAGAUAACUCUUGUCUCACAAGACCGAGAAGAAGCCUCACUUAAAAGUCCUGUUGUUGUUGUUCCUCUGAAAGACUCUACCUUCACAUCGGGAGAGUGUGCCGUUCUCGAGUGUCAGAUACACGGACAACCGGAACCCAGCGUGUCAUGGCGCAAGAAUGGGAUGAUCAUAGGACAGACGAAGGACUUUGUGCAGUCCUAUGUUGGGACCCUCGCACGCCUUGAGAUUCGGGGAUCGUGUGUGCAGGAUUCCGGACUCUAUGAAUGCGUGGCAAACAACAGUCUGGGAGAGACUUUCACCAGCGGCAAUCUCACAGUUAAAGACAAAGAAUGUUCAUCGACAUCUUGUAAAGACCCCCUUUCACUGAAUUUAUCCACCAACACCGGCAACUUACUCCUGAGACGAGCCGGUCGUAACUUGACGAGAACGCGCUCCUCACCUCUGACCCAGACCAGUCCGUACCUCGACCGCCCGACCCCAUCAGAGAGUACCAUCGCAACCACUGUGAAACCGCUCACAGGCCGGGUUCUCACAAGAACCUACUCCAUACCGGCUACUCAAACGCAACCCUACUCCCCGGACCACACCCCGUCACCGACAUCGUUGAUUCACCACCCGCGCAGGUCGAGGUUCUCCCCGGCUGGAAUCAUCGGAAACCUCAUCCAGGCUAAACUAGAGAACUCGGCGCCUCCUGCCGCCACGAUGGUGGCUACUGAUGAACCUGAGGGCAAAGGAUCAACGUCGGCAUCGCUACCUACCUCACCCAUGAACGUGUCUACCUCAACCAUCGUUCUUGCCUCACCCAGCUCGUCUACCUCAACAUCAUUACCUGUUACAGCAGCAGACAAUCGGACCGUUACAGGUGUUUCUCCAGAAUCUCAUUUUGUGUGUAUGCAGGUACGUGGCGACCCACCAGUGUCGCCAUUACAGACUGAAUCAAGUUCAAAGACAAUCUCAGAUUCCUCAUCAUCACCAGUUGGAUCUGCGUGUGACAAAUCAAAUAUUCAGACUGAGUCAGGGAAUGUCUAUGAAGGUGCUCCAAGGAAACAGCAAGCUGCUCCUAGGAUGACGAGGAUCCGAAGAGCCACUACGAACGUGUUUCCAGGAAUUAAGGAAAUUCCAGAACCAGUUACCGUGAAAACGGAAAUAAGACUUGAAAAUAAAGCGGAAGUGACGCAGCCUGUUUCCAUGGUGAGCAGGUUAAGGAUGCAGUUUUCUGCAGAAGAUGACAGGAGCUCGUCAAAAGGCGGGGGCGGAGUUAGACGAUGGCGGUCACUCCCUCCGAAGAAGCAAGAAGAGAAGCCCAGUGUUGUCAUAAGAAACUCGUAUUACCUGAGACAGCAACAGGCCCAGGUGGACGCUGGCACAACAGGGGAGGCAACCAUGCCAUCCUACGAUGACUGUAACGAUGAGGAAGAGCUCAUGAAGCUGAUGAACAAAACAGAUGAUUUUGAUGAAAGAAAGAAAAUCCGGGCUCGGUUACGCAUAAUACGGGAACAGAUGAGAAUUGAGCGUGAGGAAAAGCGCGUGCAGCGUGAGAAGGAGACAGAGGACCUGAUCAAGAAGCGCCACCAGCAGGCGGAGGAGGAGAAGCGGAAGAAGCUGCAGCGCUACAAGGAGGAGAAGCCGAUGUGCGACCGCCAGGACCAGUUCCUCGCCGCCUCCCAGCACGCCAUCACUGACAAACACAAGGUGGCCGACGAGGAGAAGCAGAAGGCCCUCGACGCAUACAAGGACAUCGCUGCACACAAAGAGACUCACACGCGGCCCGGCACCACCACCACCACAACAACGGCCACUCAUGUCGAACAAACACCUGGAGGUGGCACUCGGACAACAACUAUUAAAAAGACAGAAACGGUUUCCAAGACAUCUGGGUUUGGUGGAAUGCAGUAUUCUAAACCAGGGGCAGAAAACGUGGCUAUUCACAUACUUGACCAGCUAACUAAUGCCAGUGGCCCUGGCACAAGUGGUUCUAUAUCCGUGCAAACAGAGUCGUGGAACAGCCAUAAUGGAAUUGUACAAAAGUCACAGAAGACUGAGUCAUGGGGAGCAAAGCCAGCUGGUCCGAAAGGAGCCAUGGCAGCCUUCAAACAGAUGGAUGGUGCUAACAACCCCAGUGGACCCAGCAAACCAAAAAUGGGAGGUGGAAUGGUGCGGAGCUCCAGCUCCAUUAAAGAGUCCAUGCUAAACUGGACAAAAGCCAUGACCAAAGACUACGAGAAUAUUCAGAUCACCAACUUCUCCAGCUCCUGGAACAACGGUCUGGCGUUCUGUGCUCUGAUUCACCACUUCUUCCCACAGGCAUUCGACUACAACGCACUGUCACCGAAAAACAGGAGAUACAACUUUGAUUUAGCAUUUAACACUGCAGAGAAAGAGGCGGACAUUGCUCCCCUGCUUGACACGGACGAUAUGGUGAAGAUGAAGAACCCGGACUGGAAGUGUGUCUUCACGUACGUACAGAGCAUCUACCGACACCUGCGCGACCACGACGCCAACAAGGCGGCCGCUGCAGAGUGACCUUUCUCUGACGACGCUGUUCACUGUGUCUGUGUUUUCAGUGGUGUUUGUAACGUGUUCUCAAGGCAUUAACCACAUAUAGCCACAUCUCAUUGUCUUACGUUCUCUUGUACACUUGUGCAGCAAGCAAAUAGGAAAACUUGGUGAUAGUUAUUAAAUGGAGUUUUCGUAAGUCUGUAAGGCUCAAUUUCUCAUUGAUUAAUGAUUCAUGGUUUAAAUUCUCUUUGAGAGACAAUGAACUGAAGGUAGUGUUUCACAUAUACUAGUCAGUUUUGAUUUCCACUCAAAAUCUGUUACAAUGCAAUGACUUUGCACAUGAAUUUCUUUCUUAAAUGAUGGGCAAUUCAUUGUAAACCAAGUAUAUCUGAGCAUAAUUUGAGUGUAUAGGAUAUUUUUGGCAUACUUACAUCAAAAACACUAUUCAAGCAUGGCUGUUAUGGGGCCAACCUCUGACUGAGUUAUAGUUUGAGGUUUAUGCCUCGUAUUAAACCCACCAAUGAGAAAUAGGGCUUUCAAUAUCUGUGCUUGCAGCAAAUUUUGUUUCUUUUCAUGUGGGAUCAUGUGGGGUUUUAAAUACUGGCAUGUUUGUUUCUUUUCAUGUGGGACCAUGUGGGGUUUUAAAUACUGGCAUAUUUGUUUUCAAAACAUUGGUCUGCCAUUAUGAUAUGGGUUUGCAGGGAUCUAUCACUAUAGGUCUCUAUAGCUAUACAACGUUUUGCCAAUUUUACCAACCCUAAGAACGUCAUGUCAAGCUGUUGUUACAGUGUUGAUGAGAUUGUUAUAUUUUAGCAUCGUUAAUUUGUUUAAAUUGUAUGGACAAUAAAGUCUUACAAAAAUCUGUUGAUAUGCAUAUUUUCAAAACAAGUGUGAAAAUCUCUUUUUGAAAGUGAGCCUGCAGUUUGACGUGUCUGUGAUGUUAUGUUGAAGUCCGACAAUCAAGCAGAAUGAGUUCUUGUUUGCUGUGUCUUUUUGAAUGUAAAUAACGUUUGCAUUCAGAAUUUCUCACAUCAUUUGUUUUAUAUUAACCAAAACUGAUCUGAGAAAGGUUUGUACAAGAGAUAUGUGCAUAUAUAAUUAUAGUAAGUAAUUGUCAGUUGUUGUACAUAAAGACAUUACAUACUGUUGAAUACAGAAGCAGAAUUAAUCGUAUAAUAAUAUGAUCCAGCCACGUACUUCUGGUCUAUAUUUUAUUGGUGCUUUUCUCAUUGUGGUAGGAAAAGUCAAAACACGACAAAUAAUUUUGAUAACAUACCGUACCUUAAUACCAGUAUGUAUGCUAUAAACUGUAGAGACUUCAGAAAUUUAUAUUUAUUGUCUUCACUAUGUUUUUUCAAAUUUUCAAAUGUUUAUAAUAAACAUGAAUGCUAGGAAGUGCCUUAGCAAUGUUAUUUUAAUAAUGUUUCUUUUACAUCUAUAUAAUUAUAUUAAUAUAAAUAGUUAAUCUCAAAUUUUACUAGAUUCACAACAGUUUUUAAAAUGUUUUUGCAGAACCUAAAUACAAGCAAGUGCCUUAAUGUUAGAUUUUAAACAUGAUUUAUACAGUUAUUUUUAUAAGAUUAACAUUUUAAAUAACUUGUCCUAUGUGUUAUUAUUUUUACACAGCUCAAGACUAUUGUUAUUAUAAAAUUUGUUGUAUCAAAUAUAUUUCCACCUGCACCCCUCCUCAACCCAAGCAGGACCUCACUGAUACAAUGUGCCAAUGUCAACACAAUAUUUCUCUUUCCUUGAUAGGAUAUUUCACUGUGGAUAUUAGCCAAUCAUAUUACACUGUUUUACCAUUUCUCUUCUAAAAUGUCAAUAGCAAUGUUGAAGGGACAUAAUAUAGUGUUUAUGUCAAUUAUUACAAUUCUUGUACAGGUUUUAAGCUAAUACAUUAGACUCGGUUCAUGAUAGUAAAUCAUGAUAUUGAUAACUUUAGUUUGUAAGCCACUGCACAUAAUUUAGCUGUUGGCCAUGACUUGUGAUUUUUGAGUGUACAGUUUAGAUCUUGCAUGUUACCCACUAAAACGUUGUAUUGAUGUUAUAAUAUCAAUAUUAAUAGUUGUUAGUGUGAGAAUUUUUUAAAGCAUUUAUAAUCUGCAAGUUUAUUCAAACUUAUUGUUAUGGCUUUGUGAUGUAAUAGUUAAAGUGUUUAUCAGUUAGUAAUGUAAAUGCAUAAUUAAAAUCAAACUUAUAGAAAACAUAGUUAUAUAAUUUUGUAUGUACUAAUGUGUAAUACGAUAAGUGGUGCUUGUGUAUCUGUGAAAAAGCCAUUACAUAAUAAACCUACAAUUUAGCAACAAAUUUAAAAAAUAAUCGAUAAUAUUUUUAAAUAUAAACCUCAGGUAUUAGCUAGUGUUUUAUUUUAAGUAUAUAUCUGGUACAAAUAAAGCAUAAAUUAUAUAACUUUUUCAACAUCAAAGUUAACAAUGUCAAAUUAAAAUUUCAAUUCUUAAUAAUAUUGAUGAAUAUAUGUCGAUAGUACUUGAUACAUACAAAGUUUAAUAUAAUAGACAAUCUCAAAAUACACAUUGUGUAAAUGUAUUAUUACUGGUAUAUUAAAAUAGUGUUACCUUUUGCUUUACAUGUUACUAUAUUUGCCAUGGGCCUAGAUUGGUGGCCUUGCAUACCUAAAAACUUUAAUGUCGGACAUAUACGUUCUAUGUAUAUGGGCAUUAAGCCUGAAAUGAUUGUAAUAACACAAUCUAUGCAAACCAAAGUGUUCGUAUGUAGGGCACAGCCAAGCACUGGCUGUAUACAUGUUCACACUGCUGUAUGUUUAUAGAUAUCUUAUUGUUGUAAAUAGUUGAAGGUUUUGUUCCUAUUGUACGGUGCUAAACAUGUUUAACUGAUAUUAAUUGUUCAGUUACUUAUAUACUUAUUCCUAGUACUCAUUUCUUAGAGACACUAGUAUUAUAACAGAGUUUUCACUGUCCAGCAGCUUAACAAUUGCUAAUACUAUUAAUAUCUUUACAUGUUCCAUCAGCUGAAUAUAAUAAAAUUAAAGGGGCGAUCCUGUGUUGGAAGCCAUUUUAAAACGUUUUCAGCAAACAAAAUAUUUCAUCAUUAUUAAAAUUACAAUUUACUUACAUUUUCUUGCUUAGAAUAUGAAUAUUUCUAUAAUAUCAAUACAUUUCUCAGUUAAUAUUGGUUUUUGUCGAAAAUAAAUUCAAAUGUACAAAAUUAUUAUAUCUUCCAAUGGCCAAACAAAUUUUUAAAUAAUUCGGCCAGAAGUUAUUCCAAAUGUAGUUAUUUGCAUAAUGCUUUAUAUUUAAAACAUGUUAUGGGUAAGACAAUGUUUAAAAAAAAAAAACCCAGGAAAAAGCAGAAUGUGUGUUUGGGGGAACAAACAGAAGUCUAAAUUGCUAGGGUUGAAUACUCAGGAUAGUCCUUUAAAUAUGAUACAAUUCCAGACAAUUUUACUGCCAGGCUGUGUAUGUGUCAUUAAUAAUACCAGUAUGGUGGUAGCAUUUCUUUCCCUCUAAUACUUUGUAGUGCAUUUUAUGAGCCCACACCCAAAAUAUUAAAUGAUUCUUAAAUGGCUUACAGUUGUGACGUUUCAGCCACCAGUUUAUUUCUCUUAAAAUGCUGUAUACCUCUGUAUUUUACUAAUAACUGUUUUAGCCACCAGUUAACUUUUUAAAAACGCUACUUAGAUCUAUAUUUCACUGAUAACCAAUAUUAAUCUGGGGAUGUAUCCUUGUCAGUGGAAAUAGCCUUAAGAUGGACAAUCCAGGAAAUAUUAGUCUUGAAAAUUAGGGACUAUCAUUUUAUGUGAAUGUUUUAUCAAAGAAUAAGAAGAAUUCAGAAAUUUAAAUGUUUUCAUCUCUGAUCCAUCUCUUGGAUCAAAUCUGCAUGCAGGCUGUGUAUCUUUGUCUGUUAAUAUUCGCUGUCAAUGUUCAUGUUGUUUUUUUCUACAAAUAAAUUUUCAUAUACAUAUAUGUAUUUGGAAUUGCUUUAAAAUGAUAAUUUGGGUUUUUAUUUUAUAGAUCAGUAAAAAUAUAAAUAUGUAUUAUAGUUUAGAUGAAACAGUUGUGAAUGAUUAUAAGACUUGGUUAAGUGUAUAUAAAUUAUUCACUGUAAUCAUGGUUAUAGGACUGCAUAAUAACAUAGUCAGUUGGCUUGUGUUGCCAGAUUAAAAAACUAAUGUAAAAUUUAGAGGUUUCACUAACAUAAGCUGUGUUACCUAUAGCAUUGACAAACCUUAGUCAAACCUGCUCUAAUAGACACCUCAAUAAAGCAGCCACCCUUCUAGUGUGUCUUGCCUCCUCUUAUAGAGUUUGUCAUUACUUAAGAACUUUAACUGAGGGAUGUAGAUUAAAACCUUUACACUUCAUACAGUGUCAACACCUUUGACAGGUAGACUUGUCAAAUAAUUUUAGUGCAAUAUUGUUAUAAAGUUUUUUUCUGUAAAUAUUAAUUUGUUCAUUGUAGAAUUUGUGUAACAUUACAUUUUAACAUUUAUGUUCUAUCACAUAAUUCUUGACGAUGUAACCACAUUUUUAAAUGCAGUUAUAAAAUCCUACCAAACCCAUUGUCCACUUUAGUGGCAAUUGUUUUUAUUUUUUAAAAUUAAGUAUAGUUAUGUUUUAAUAAUUUGAAAUGAUUUACUCAAACUAUAUAAUGAAUAUGCAUUUAAGUGUUGUUGAAUAGAGGUGUCUGUUACAUUAAAUAUGGUAUUUGCAAUACAAAAUUAUUAAUAAUGUGACACAAAUUAUUUGUAGCUAAUAAUAAUCCACUAUUAAAUUGUAACCUUUAAUGAACCUAGCAGGCUCAAACACAAGAUGUCUGAAGUUAGAGUACCCAUAUUCUUUAUAUGUGAUUGUUUUUUGUUGCUCAAAGAAUGUUGUUGAUGUGCAAACUAUAUCUAUUUUGUGAAUAUUUUAAAAAUUAAAAGUAAUGUUUAAAAAAGCAUUUUGGUGACAGUAAUUAAAAGAUUAUUCACUGCCUAUAAACAACUUAAAACCCUCAAUUCAUUUAGAUUCAGCAUAUUUGUAUAGAAUAUAGUAUACUACUUUCUACUUCCAGCUCUAUGCUUCUGCAUUAAACCUAGAAUGUUAAGAUGAUACAUGUAUUUGGAAUUCAUAUUAUAAGUACAAUUUAUAAAAUGUAGUUUCAGUAAAAUGUAUUCCAAUCUUUUGUGUCAUAACAAAUAAACAAAUUACACUAUAGGUUUGAAUAUGAUUACUUUUUUAAAGUUUUCAAAUUACAAAACACCAGAUGAGAUACACUUACCUUCCUAUGAUAAUGUGUUGUUUUUAAACGUAAAGUUGAUGUUAAAAUCUUCAUGUGACUAUGCAUUAAUAUACUGGUGAAGUCAGCAAUGAUGCAUUAAACUUAAUACUUGCUUGUGUAUGUUUAAUUAAUUAAUCUGUUGUCUUGGACUUGUUUCACCGACGUCUGUCAUUAGUUUAUCAUAAUGUCAGGGUUUAAGCUGAUGUUUGCCAAAUGUUAAUUAAAAUUUAAUGUGGCGAAUGUAUGUUAUUACAAAUUCACCAAAUAGUUCAUUCACAAACUUAUUUGUAGGUGUAUACCUAUUUUAAAAAAUAAUUCUGUUUAGCUAAAUGCAGUUACUUUAAUUUGGCUAGAUUUUCUGAUCAAAUUCACCAAAUUGCUAAUUAUCUUUGGCAUCCAGCUUAAACCCUAAAUGUGUAUAUAUGUAUUGCUGUGUGUUACGUAUUGUAAACAGGUCUCGACUUUUCUCCAUAUGACACACGUGUCACGGAGUCUUUAAAUUGUUUAAUUUGAUGAAGAAGAAAAAACUUUAAUAAAGUGUCAGGUGUUAGUUAAAGCCCAUAUCAACUGCUUCACUAACAGGCCAGUAGGAACCGAGGGGUGGGGUGAGAUAUGGAUCAUAACAUAAGGUUUUUGUCCUAUUAUACAAAACUUUAACAUGGCCACCCUAAAUGAGGCUAUCAUGGGAUAAAUAUUUCAUAAAGCAUCAUGCCAUCCCCCACCCCCACCCCUAAAAAGAUGGACUAGAGCAAUAAAAUAACAUUUGUAAAGAAUAGAAGCCCUGGCCAGAUGCCCAGUUUGCAGAGGAGAACUUCCAUUUCUCAGCUUGUAGAGACGAGUACUGAAGAAAAGAGUUUCUUCACAUAAAAGUCCAUUAGGUUGUACUCAACCCAUUUGUAACUUUUUCACCUAAUAAAACAUUGCAAUAAUUUUAGAGAGACCACCCCUUCCGCAAGGCAAACUUACAUUUUAUGUUUAUACAAGAAUACACUGUAGAAUUCAGAUACCCUAGUUUUCAUAAAAACCUGUAUAUUUUGCUGUUUAUAUGCAAAUGGAUUGUUUUAUCGAAAUAUAUUUAAAUGUAUCAACAAACUGCUUGUGCAGUUCAAUACCUAUAGGAAGUUUUUAUUUUAUGUUUUAGAAUCUAUCUAACAUCUAGUCUUUCAGUGAAGAAGAAAACAGCAUUGAAUCAAAGUUAACCCUUGCACAGUUUUAGCUGUGUAUGUUUAUGUGAUAGUCUUGUAAAGUGCUAACAAACUAGAUGUAUUGUGAACCAGCAGAAUAGAGAGCGACACCAUUGUUCUGUGUUUGUCACUAUAUUUUAAUAUUUAAACAAAAAUAAAUGAAAUAUAUUAUGCAAAG